CUGCAGCCUCUAGAGCUGUACACAAAGGCUGCUGCUACUGCCACCACCCGAGGAAGGGCUGCUCCGAAAGCACCUGUGUUCUUACUGUAUGUAUGCCUGUGCACCACAUGUGUGCCCGGUGCUUUUGGAGGCCAAAGAGUGUGUCGGAUCCCCUGGAACGGGAGACCAUGGUGGAUUCACCCGCUGCGCUCAUUUUCCUGCUGGUUCUGUGUGGAGGUGAGAGCGAGUCAGAGAUCAAGAUCACCUCUGCAAAGGGGGCCGCAGAAUGGGAGCACGCUGGCCUGUCUCAGCCGGGAUCCUGCCAGCCAGCUCCUUCCUGCCAGAAGUGUAUCCUCUCACAUCCCAGCUGUGCAUGGUGCAAGCAGUUGAACUUUACCGCCUCCGGAGAGGCAGAGUCACGGCGUUGCGCGCAGCGAGAGGAGUUGCUGGCCCGCGGGUGCCCCGUGCAGGAGCUGGAGGAGCCGCACGGCCACCAGGAGGUGCUGGAGGACAAGCCGCUCAGCCAGGGAGACCGCGGCGAGGGGGCCACCCAGCUGGCACCCCAGCGGAUCCGAGUCACGCUGCGACCAGGGGAGCCACAGAAACUCCGGGUCCGCUUCCUGCGAGCUGCGGGAUAUCCGGUGGACCUGUACUACCUUAUGGAUCUGAGCUACUCAAUGAAGGACGACUUGGAACGUGUGCGCCAGCUCGGGCACGCCCUGCUGGUCAGGUUGCAGGAGGUCACCCAUUCUGUGCGCAUAGGUUUUGGCUCCUUUGUGGACAAAACAGUGCUGCCUUUUGUCAGCACAGUGCCCUCCAAGCUUCACCACCCGUGCCCCAACCGGCUGGAGCGCUGUCAGCCACCCUUCAGCUUUCACCAUGUGCUGUCCCUCACUGGGGACGCUCAAGCCUUUGAGAGAGAGGUGGGGCGCCAGAAUGUCUCUGGCAACCUGGACUCACCUGAAGGCGGCUUUGAUGCCAUUUUGCAGGCUGCCCUCUGCCAGGAGCAGAUUGGCUGGAGAAAUGUGUCCCGACUUCUGGUGUUCACGUCAGACGAUACAUUCCACACAGCUGGGGAUGGGAAACUGGGUGGCAUUUUCAUGCCCAGUGAUGGGCGCUGCCAUCUGGACAGCAAUGGUGUCUACGUGCACAGUGCAGAGUUUGACUACCCCUCUGUGGGGCAAGUAGCCCAGGCCCUCACUGCAGCGAACAUCCAGCCGAUAUUUGCCGUUACCGGCACAACACUACCUGUUUACCAGGAGCUGAGUCAGCUGAUCCCCAAGUCUGCUGUUGGAGAGCUGAGCGAGGACUCCAGCAACGUGGUGCAGCUCAUCAUGGAUGCUUAUGAUAGCCUGUCAUCCACCGUGACUCUUGAACACUCUCCUCUCCCUCCUGGAGUCAACAUUUCUUUUGAAUCUCACUGCAGGGGUUCUGAAAACAGGGAGGGUGAGACUGGGAACCGGGGACAGUGCAGUAACAUCCGAGUCAACCAGACGGUAGACUUCUGGGUCACUCUUCAAGUCACUCAGUGUCUCCCAGAGCCCCACCUCUUACGGCUCUGGGCCCUCGGCUUCUCAGAGGAGUUAACUGUGGAGCUACACACACUGUGUGACUGUAACUGUAGUGACGUCCAGCCCCACGCUCCCUACUGCAGUGAUGGCCAGGGAGACCUGCAGUGCGGGAUAUGCAGCUGUGCCCCUGGCCGCCUUGGUCAGCUCUGUGAAUGCUCUGAGGCUGAACUGUCGUCCCCAGAUCUGGAAUCUGGUUGCCGGGCCCCCAAUGGGACAGGGCCCCUAUGCAGCGGGAAGGGACGGUGCCAGUGUGGACGCUGCAGCUGCAGUGGGCAGAGCUCUGGGCGUCUGUGCGAGUGUGAUGAUGCCAGCUGUGAGCGACAUGAGGGCAUCCUCUGUGGAGGCUUUGGACACUGCCAGUGUGGAGUGUGUCACUGUCACGCCAACCGCACGGGCAGAGCAUGUGAGUGCAGUGAGAACGUGGACAGCUGUGUCAGUCCCAAAGGAGGGCUCUGCAGCGGGCAUGGGCACUGCAGGUGCAACCGUUGCCAGUGCCAGGAUGGCUACUACGGGGCUCUGUGUGACCAGUGCCUAGGCUGCAAGUCACCAUGUGAGCGGUACAGGGAUUGUGCAGAGUGUGGGGCCUUUGGCUCUGGUCCCCUGGCAGCCAACUGCAGUAUGGCCUGUGCUGGUGUGAAUGUGACAGUGGCCUUGGCUCCUAAUUUGGAUGAUGGCUGGUGCAAAGAAAGGACACUAGACAACCAGCUGUUCUUCUUCCUGGUGGAGAAUGUGGCUGGAGGAGUCAUACUGAGAGUGAGACCCCAAGAGAAAGGAGCAGAUCACACCCGGGCCAUCAUACUGGGCUGCAUAGGUGGCAUUGUGGCAGUGGGACUAGGGUUAGUCCUGGCUUAUCGACUCUCUGUGGAAAUCUAUGAUCGCCGUGAGUACAGCCGCUUUGAGAAGGAGAGACAGCAGCUCAACUGGAAGCAGGACAGCAAUCCUCUCUACAAAAGUGCCGUCACAACCACUAUCAACCCCCGCUUCCAAGAGACAAAUGGUUCUGGUCCCUCUCUCUGACCCAGGCAGCAGACUCAUUUAGGACUCUUGUCUUGGCAGACAGUGGGAGACAGCAAAGCAGGGUCAUCAGUUUUUCCAGUGACCUUCAGAGGGCUGCUUCCCACUGCUGCAACCAAUCCCUCCACAUCAUGAAGGGUUUGCCCACAAUAAAGUCUUGCCUCAGA